AUGGGAUUAUUUAGAAAAGAUUCAAACGCUUCACAAGGUUCUGGAGGUUCUGGAGGUGCAAAAGUUCAACUUACAAAAGAUGAUGAACGUAAUUAUAAGGUCCGUACCGGUUCUGUUCAUGAUCCGAUUUUACAAGCUGUUCAAGAAGCUCAACCUUUUGAAGAAGUUCAAGGUCAAGAACAACAAAGACAAAGUUAUAACAUGAUGGCACAAAAUGGUGGAUUAUAUGAUGUUUUCGGUAAAGUUAUAAAUCAACCAGAUAUUUCUAAUCCAACAAGAUCAAGAGAUGAAAGACCUUUAGAUACUAUAAGAGGUUUUGAAUAUUCAAUAACUGGUGAUUUAUCUUAUAAAGAUCGUUUAGAAUCUGAUUCUUUAGGUUUUAGAGUUCGUAAUGAUUUCCCAAGAUUUGGUGAUAAUCCUUAUGGUUCAAAUCCAGCUGGUAUUUCUUCAGGUUAUGGUCAAGGUUCAAAUUCAGCUCCAAUUCAUAAUUUUUCAGGUGAUCAACAAGCUUUUGAACAAGGUGUUUAUGAAGCUCCUGCUAUUAAAAAAGCUGAAGGUAAAAAGAAGAAAGGUUUAUUUGGUAGAAAGAAGAAAUAA